UAUGUGGCCUGCCCCCCCGGAAAGCGACACCCCGUUCCCCCGGUGCCGUCCAACUGAACCGCAACACGUCAGCUUCCCGUCCAUUGAACUGACUCGUCGGGGGAAAGUUUAGCGGUCAGCAGCAGAGUGUCUGGAGGGGACAACAUGCGCUCCUUGGCGGGACUAGCUGUCAUCGUGGCGGCGGCAAGUGUCUACCUCUACCUGCUGUCGGCGCACCUUCCCCCGGGACCGACGCGGCUCCAGCCGGGGUCUGGGCAGGAGGACGAGGCCGUCCAAGAGUACAGGCUGAAGUUCCCGUCUGACCUGGAGUCUCUGCGGGAACUCGCCGAGACGCUCAAGUUUUACAAGACAGAAAACUACGGCUAUGUUCUGCUGUUGUUCUGUAGCGCCUACCUCUAUAAGCAGUCUUUCGCCAUACCUGGCUCGUCCUUCCUGAACAUGCUGGGUGGGGCGAUAUUCGGACCUUGGGUGGGUCUGAUGCUGACCUGCCUGCUCUCCACUUUCGGCUCCACGUUCUGCUUCCUGCUGUCCUCCACAUUUGGGAAGCAAUAUGUGGUUUACUUCUUCCCUGAGAAGGUGGCUCUGCUGCAGAGGAAGGUGGAGGAGAAUCAGAGCAGCCUCUUCUUCUUCCUCCUCUUCCUUCGUUUCUUCCCCAUGACUCCUAACUGGUUCCUUAACAUCACCUGUCCUGUCCUCAACAUCCCCAUUUCAAUUUUCUUCUUCUCUGUAUUAAUAGGUUUGAUCCCGUACAACUUCAUCUGCGUCCGUACGGGCUCCAUCCUGUCCCAGAUCUCCUCCCUGGACGACAUCUUCUCCUGGGGGACGCUGGCUCAGCUCCUGGCCAUCGCGCUCAUGGCCCUCCUGCCUGGAGCGCUGAUCAGACGCUACAGCAGAGCUCACCUCAAGGUGGACGGCAUCGACAGCAACGGCACCAGCCGGGGGGAGGUCAGCCGGGGCAGGAGGAGAAGAUGACUGAAAGAUGAGAAAGGGACUUAAUGUUUAAAAGGAACUCAGGUGGGGAAAGAAACCACUAGAUGGAGGCAUGUGACCUUUUGUCCACGCCAGAAGUGAGAUUUCUUUAAGGUCACUCCAGAGAGUCAAGACAUCCUGGGCGGCGUUUGUUCUGAACUUCUGCUCUUAUCAGGUUACGUUUCGCCUUCGUAAAAAGGUUUUGUCAAUUGGUUGAAAUAUUACCAUCUAAAAGUUUUAGUAAAGUUUCCUGAGAUCAGACCCAAAAUUCUUUGCUUUUGCUUUGGGGAAGAAAAAACACACACAAGAGAGGCUAAAAUCAUCUACCUGGAUGGAUAGAAUCAUUUACAUUUAGCAGAAAUUGUAAUUAUUUUGUACAGAGUUGAACUGUCAGAUCGUUGUCUUUCCUAUUAAAAAUAGGAUUUGUAAUGUAUAGUAAUGCUGCUAAUCAUGAUUAGUCCCAACAUAACUUUUUCUACACAUCACUGAUGUAAUGUAAUUGCUUAUUUUCUCUCACUAGAGCAGAAUUUAGUCAAAAACUAAUUUAAUCUCCAUCAACAAAGCUUAACUGCAGUCCUGUGACAAACCUAGGAUAUCCUUUAAAGUGUUCAGUUCAUUAUAUAUCUACAAAGAUUGAGCGGGAUACUUAAUGAGAGGGUUCAAAGCAUCUCACAUGACGAUAGUUCAUCCUUGUUGACCAAAGUUUUCCCAUAUUUAUAUCAGAAGUUUUCUUAUUUUUAUUACAUUUUACAAAAGAUGUUUAUCUUCACUUUUUAAUUUUUAAAUUACUUCUUUAAGCAUUGUUAGAAUGGAUGUUAAUUGUCCAUACGGUCACACAGGUUGUCGAAAAGAGUCCCAAUUUUGUAUUUUCUUCUUUUGAUAGUUUCUCUUUUACUAACGCUAAGAAAUAAGACAACAGAUUUUGGAUGUUAGUUUCUUUUUGAUUUCCCAUCAAUAAGGUCCCUCAGGGAGAUUCCUAAAGCUGGCUGAAAUGAGGUUUUUGGUCUGAAAUGUUUUAUGUUUUCCAGUCUGGAAAUGCUCCAAAUAUUUUUCAGGGUUUCUGGCUCAGAGUUUGUUCAAAGCUCUGCAACUGUUCAAAGUAGCCACGGUUGUGAGGGCCUGAGUCAGAAAUGAACAUCGGAAAAACUGGUGCUUUCUAUCAGGUUUUAAUGAGUUUUGUGUAAAUGCGUUGCACUUCAGUGCUACUCUGUUUGGACUUUGUAACACCAGGGGCCAGACGCUUAAAUCAUGUAUAGUGCUAAAAAUAAUUUGUUUCCCCCAAACAACUUGUUCUUACACAUGACGUUAAAGCUGGAUAGGUCCUGUUCGCUGAAACUGGAACCCACCCGUCUGUGAUCAGGUUGCAGGCGUAACAGGUCCAGGAGGAAACCACACAUCCCCCCUCCUCAGCGACGCCCGAUGGGAUAGAAUCCCUCCAGUGAGUUUUGGGUCUUCCCUUCACCACAGUUCCUCCACACAUCAGAGAAUUAUAUUAUUAUUAUUAUUGUUAUUAAUGUUUAGCUCACUUGUGGUCUUCAACAGUAGCAUCAGCUGUAAUUAUUUGGGUUCUGCUUGGCUGCAGUCCACAAAAUGGCAGCUCUAGUUAAAAGGAAACUCUAAAGCUAAGAUUUUAUUUGCCGCAAUGCUAUUGAAACUGGGGUUAAACAAUGAUGUCAGAAGCUGAUUAUUGUUAUGAUCAAAACUGAAAACUCUUCACCUCUGAGGAAAAUCUUCUCUUUGCUCAAACACGAGUUUUAUACAUGAAACUGACGUGGGCUUGGUGCAUCUGGGCCCAGAUGUUUAAACCAUCUAUUCUACUCUGUGCUCGUUUUAAAACCCACAGUGUUGAUAUAUUAUACAUAUAUUUACUGGUUCAUGGUGUUCAUUGUAGUUGCCUAAACGUCAGAGGGGAAAUGUUGCUUUGGUAUGUUUACAUAUGUGUUACGGUCAAGUGUCUUUUUUUUCCUUAAGGCACUUAAACACGUCUUAAUGUAGCUCUGUGUUCACUGGUCAUGGACAGGACAAUGAUGUCAUGGUUUUGUCAAAGCUUAAACAGAUAGUUAUGGACUCUGAGCCGGCUGGACUGUAAAGCAUGAAUGAGUAUUUGUAGUAAGUUUAAUUUCACCUGAUUGUAUUAAAUUUUCUUGACCUAUGUUCUGUUUUAAUUCUCACUAUAAACAGCAACGGAUCCACCAUCAGGUAAUGCUUUAGCCCCACCUUGUCUUAGACAUUUGUUGGUGAAACCUUAUCACUGCUAAUGAGAACUGAGAAAGUAACUCAGUCACAUUUCGAGGUCUAAACUUUGCAUGAGACAAUAAACUUGUCAAUCAAAGGCACCAUGAAAUGUACUUUUGAACUUUCCUCCAUCCACUGUCCUCCGCUUAUUCCAGAUCGGGUCGCGGGGGUAACGGGUCCAGGAGGCAAAACCAGACACCCCAGCUCAUUCUGGGGGAUCCCAAGGCGUUGCCAGGCCAGAAUGGAUCUAUGAUCUCUGCAGCAAGUUCCUUUUGAACUUGUUUUGCCAUCCUGAAAUGAAUCUCAGUGGUCACACGAUCCUGUGAUGGAGUAAUGUCAAUAUGACAUUCAGUGUUUCCCAUGGGUUUGGGAUUUUAAUGACUGUUUAGGUUCAUGGAAAGGUUCUGCAUCUCAAAGCAAGUCAUUUUAUUCUAUUAUUGCUGCUUUUUACACUCAGAAAAAUCGUUACAUAAAAUAAAUAUAUUUAUUUUUUAUUAGCUUUAUUUGCAUUUUUGGGCUUAUUUUUACAUCGUAUCCUGAGCUGCUCUACUAGUCAAAAGUUUGGACUCACCUUUCGUCAUUCAGUGGCUUUUCCUUAUUUAUUUAUUUUUUACCUACUAUAUUGCAUAUACACAGUAAAGACAUCUAAACUGACUUGAGAGUAUAUAGAAUUAUAUAUCAAGCAGAAUUUUAAAAUAGCUCCAAAUAUCUUGUAUAUUUUAUACUUUUUGUAAAUACCUCCCCCCUCCCUCCCAAUUGUUUGUGAUUACUGCUCGGCCUUCCUGAGGCUGGUCACCUGAAAUGUUUUUUUAACUGUCUUGAAUAAGUUCCCAGAAUUAGGAAUAAAAAUAAAGACCAACCAUUGAAUGAGAAGGUGAGUCCAAAUGUUUGACAGGGUAAAGAUUAAAAAUGAUGCAUUUAAAAUGUGUCAAGUUUUCAGAAAGCUCACUAAAACACUAAAAGCACUUUUUUUUUUGAAGAGCCCAGUUUCAGUCUUAUUAAUCCUGUCUUUUUGAUUAUAUUGUUUUCAGCUUAAAAAGCGUUAUGUGAAAAUAUGAUCUUAUGACCAAAAUUUGGGAUAUACAAAGCGUUUUCAACUCUGCAUAUUGCAGUCAGUUGCCUGUGGAAAAUGCAAUAAAUUACAUAUUUCCUAAUGUUCUUUAUUGGGGUCACAAAGACAACGUGACAAUCUGGCAAAGCGAAAUAAAGACAUUCUGGAUGCAA